GAAUGUACCCAAGGAGAGCGAUACGAUCAAGUCGUAAAGAUACACUUGUGCAUAACGGCAGGGGCCAAGGGGUGUUACUUUAUCAUACAAAGAGUUUCUGACCGCCCAUUAGGUCUUUAUAGAGCAAACGAACAGGAGGAGAGCGAUACGAUCUAGUCGUAAAGAUACACCCAUGCUCAUCGAAUAACCCUGAUGUACAGCAGUUCCUUAAUUGCUUACCAGAGAGAGUAAGGAUGGAAAAUGCAAGAAAAAAAAAAAAAA